UGGUAAGAGUUGAAUUCUUUUACUUUUUAAUCACUGAAUGAGACUCUUGCUGCUAUUCACUAAGAAUCGCGCGUUCAUCGAAAAUGUACUUCGUAUCAAAUUCGUCUUUAUAAAUUCUAAAUAUAGCCUUCUCUUUUAGGCCUUCAAAAAUGGGUGUUAUUUUACUUUCAUAUAGAUAAUACUUGUGCUGAAUUAAAAUCAGUAGAUAUUGUAGAGGACAAGAAAUCUACAUAUACAAUAGGUGAUAUUGUGAAAGUUCAGUUUGGAAAUGUGGAAUAUGACGGUGAAAUUUUGGGCACAGAUAACGAAAAAUCAACUAUAAGAACUACUGAUUCCAAUACAAUUAGAACACCAGAGAGGAAAAAACGUAAACGUUCGCUUGAUCAGAAUGAAGCAGUACAUACCGAUAUUGAACAGACUAAUAAUUAUAUUCAAUUAGAAAGCUUAGUACGCGAUGUAUUCUGUGCUGUUAUUAAUGUUCAAAGAGAUAUAACGGACGAAAAAUAA